CCCAAACCAGUUGAUGCGAUUCCCAAGACGACAAGAAUCGAAUCCCCAAUUCUAGUGAUUCACCAUCUCUCUCUUUAGUAUAUCUUUUUCUGCGUUUACUCUCCGCAAUAGUACACUUCUCCUCUCUUUCCACUUCCACAUUCCCUCUCCUCAAUUUACAUCGCACUAAAACAAACAAAAAAACAAACAAGCCCUUUCAAAUAAAAACUCCCAAAAACCCAGAAAAUAUUUGAGGAGAGAGAAAAUGGCAGCAACAGCGAGAGUAAUAACAGUGGCGCAAGAUGGAAGUUGCGAAUAUUGCACAGUGCAACAAGCUGUCGACGCUGUCCCACUUGGUAACACGUGUCGGACUAUCAUUCGUCUGUCUCCUGGGGUUUACAGACAGCCGGUGUACGUACCCAAAACCAAAAACUUCAUUACUUUUGCAGGUUUAUCCCCUGAACAUACUCUUAUUACAUGGAACAAUACAGCCACUAAGAUCGAACACCACCAGGCUUCAAGGUUGAUUGGAACAGGAACAUUUGGAUGUGGGACUGUGAUUGUUGAAGGGGAGGAUUUUAUUGCUGAGAAUGUUACAUUUGAGAAUUCUGCACCCCAGGGAUCAGGACAAGCGGUGGCGCUUAGGGUGACUGCUGAUCGUUGUGCUUUUUACAAUUGCAGGUUCUUAGGAUGGCAGGAUACUUUGUAUUUGCAUUAUGGGAAGCAAUAUCUACGAGACUGUUACAUUGAAGGAAGUGUAGACUUUAUUUUUGGGAACAGUACUGCUCUAUUGGAGCAUUGCCAUAUUCAUUGCAAGUCAGAGGGUUUCAUCACCGCGCAAAGCAGGAAAUCGUCUCAAGACACCACUGGUUAUGUUUUUUUAAGAUGUGUGAUCACGGGCAAUGGGAAGGCAUCAUAUGCAUAUCUUGGAAGGCCAUGGGGACCCUUUGGAAGGGUUGUAUAUGCAUACACUUACAUGGACCAGUGUGUUAGGCAUGAGGGUUGGAAUAAUUGGGGCAAGUGUGAGAAUGAAAGGAGUGCUUGCUUUUAUGAGUACAGGUGUUUCGGACCCGGAUCUAGUCAAUCAAAGCGUGUUGGAUGGGCCAGAGAAUUGAUAGAUGAAGAGGCAGUUCAAUUUCUUGUGCAUUCUUAUGUAGAUCCUGAUCCACAGAGACCUUGGUUAGCCCCACGAAUGGGAAUAAGACUACCUUACUCUGCUUGAAGGAACCAAGCUGAGUCUCAUUCAAGGUUUUUGUCUAUAAAGCUUGAGAAGUGGGUAUGUCGGCGAUAUCAGAUGAAUAUAUCUUGUAGAAUCUACUUGGUCAAGGGGUGGGAGUUAGAAGGAAAGUUUCUGUAAGAUUAGUAUCAUACAAUGUUAUAGCAGGCACAACGCCGUGUAAAAGGCCGCAAUGUCCUUACUUUUCUCUUCCUGCUGCAAUCCCCUCUCUCUGUCUCUCGACCCCUGAAUAAUUGUGGAAAGGUAUAUGUAUACCUUUUUAUAUGAAGUAACUAUUAGUUGUC